AUGGAACCCGGUGCCAGGGGCAGGUCCCCUGUGUCCCGGUGCGUCGCACAGAAGCUGGGCAGCGACACAGUCGUUUACCUUCCCUAUCGCCCUCGGAACGAUGCAGCCAUUGCGCGGAAGACUGCAGCUGCCGACCUCGACACGGUGACCGCCCGGCACCACGACUCCGAGGCCGACCCCAGGCGACACCCCGCCGCCGCCGAUGCUCUCUCCCUCUCCGGCACCACCCCGCCGAGCAGCCCGACCAUGGGUAACUUCCCACCAGCUUCCAAGUCCAUGACGCCAGAGUCCGCCAAGGGCAGUCGCCCUCACCUCGUGCUUGUUGACACUCAGGGCAAGGUAGCCGUGAAGGACGAAAACGAUGCUUCUUUCCGGAAGCAUAACCGUGGCAUCGGCUCCAUCGAUUCACUCCUUUCCUCCACCACUUACGUCAACACUCAGUCCGAGUGCAGCCGUGCCGAAUCCCGCCUGUCUCGGGAAAUCCGCAUUGAGGUCGAAGACACAGACGGCGGCGCACCCGUUGCCGCUCACCGCAAACCAAGGAAGCAAACCAGCAGGAUUCAACUUGCCCCGCCAGCCAUGGCCGACCAUGGCACCGCUGGGACCCAUAGUGACAGUGAGGGCCCGGAGAGUGAGGAUGAGGAGGCCAGGCUGGUCGACGAGAUCUCAUCCUGGGUCCUGAGGAACACCUUCGGCAAGGACAUGGAUGACUGCGCUGCCCCACUGUUGGUCUGGGACUGUACCUACCGGUAUCUUCAGGAACUCUGGACCGCAUCCCACGAGGGGAACCUCGGCUUUGUUCAGUCCACGUCUGGCCACGGCACUCCGUCACCCCACUACGGCGGUAGCCCAGGCCUUGGGGGCGGUGAUCAACAGCACGGCGGGCAACACGGGAAAGGAAAGAGGAAGGCAGAUGGGGGUAGUGAUGAUGGAAGCGGGUUCGGUGGCCGAGACAACCAAGGAAACGAAGAGAGAGAUGUCUCCCCAGCCUCGCAGGCAUACAGCAGCAAAGGAAACACCACCAACUUCAGCUGUCCCUAUCGGAAACGCAACCCCCUACGAUUCAACGUGCGAGACUAUUACGUCUGCGCCACACAUUCUUUUGCCGACAUGUCUCAACUGAAAAAACAUAUCCGCGCGCACCAUCCUCCUGUCCAGAGAAAUGCCGGCCUUUUUCAUUGCCCUCGAUGCGGCCAGGGGUUCGUCUCAAAGACGGAUUUAGAUUCCCAUUUGCGCCAGGUGGACGUUUGCCACGUCUCGUUCGAUAGUGGCGGCGCGGACCCCGAAGAUGGCAUCACCCAGAAGAUCAUCUCGUCCUUGGAAGCUAGGAGCCUCAAGGCCAAGAUCGACAACUGGAUCUCACUGUGGAAACUCCUUUUCCCAGCCGAUCGAACUAUCCCUGACCCAGAGUCCAAAAAAUUCCUGGCCGUGCUGAGCGAUCUUCUCGGGCUUCAGUACCAUCACGUCCUCGAAGGAGCCACCCAGGUGAUGAAUGUCGAUCUCAAGAUCCGUCAAGGCAUUGAACGGAGCACAGGGUCUAUUUACAACUGGAUCGAAACCGUCGUCCAGGAUUGGGAGCAGAGGAUAGCAGGGACCGUGUCGCUUUUUACAAGUUCGGCCAUCAGCCAGCCGGCCACAAGCGACAGUUGGGCUUCCACCCCCCAUCUCCCCCCUUCUCCCGCACCGACGACAACGGUUGUGCCUGGCAAUGCCGCUUCCGCCACGAGUACCGUGCCUGGUGCCGAGAGCCCUGGCGCACCAGCUCCCGCCAGCAUCAGGGGUACAUCUGCCAGGAGACGUCCCAAUCCACCACCCAAGAGAAUCAAGCGGCCCGAGAUCCUGCCCAAAGCCCCAGCCCCGACCCAAAUACCGCUCCCAAUACAGCGAGCCCGGGACACCUCAAUCACAGGCAAGAGUCGUGAGCAAUACUUUCAGGCCGCCUCCCACAGUGCUCCCAAGCCAGUCGGUUCCCUUGGCGCCAUCGACCACGCAAGGUAUCAACCCAGGCCAGCCGUAUCAUACGAGCUGGGAAACCCCGGCGGUGACAGCCACUACGGCUCCAUCCACCCAAACCAAUUGGACGUCCAAGCUGCGGCAUACCUGGGGUCGGAACAGUCCGACACCAUGUCACCCGACGCAAUGCAACACGAUGUCGACCCGCGCCCACCGUCAGCAGCCACCAUCCACGCAAACAGGCUGACCAUGUCCACCACUCCAAGAUCCUCGCUUGCUAGUCUUCUCUGGAAUCGCGACGAGAACCGGGACUCGAGCCAAACGCUAGUGGAAGCACACCCGCCAGGGAGGUGCGCCAACAUGUACUGUCCGAGCUGCAACAAGACCAUGCCUGAUGAUAUAGCCGCCCAGCCAUCCCCUGUGGGCAUACACCCGGUUACGGGGGCUCCCCAUCAUCACGUCUUUCAUACUGCGGGCCCGGGACAGGGAGGGCCAUUUCAACCGUCCCCCAGCCCUAACGAGGUGCACGGAUUUACGGACCAAGUGGAAUGGAUUCAGGAGGGUGAAGAAGAAGGACCGGCGGGAGGAGGUGCAAUCUGCCUGUUCCCUUCAACGCCAUCAGCUUGGGUCACGGUCAUCAACCCAUAA